AAGCUUUGUUAUCUUCUUCUGUUUUAGCAAUGGCCGAAAUCCGUGAUCGUAACCAGCCUCAUCAGGUUCAUGUUCGCCCACAGUACCGUUACGACAACCCGGCCGGAGUCGGUUACGGUGGUGGUGGGAAGAACUAUCACAGUGGCGGACCAUCCGCAACCCAAAUUCUAGCGGUCCUCACACUUCUCCCAGUCGGUGGCUCACUGCUUGCAUUAUCGGGGUUGACAUUAGCAGGCACCGUCAUCGGGCUACUAGUAGCGACACCAGUCUUUCUCCUGUUCAGCCCGAUUCUGGUCCCGGCUGUCAUAGCAAUUUCCAUGGCGGUGACGGGGUUCUUGUCGUCCGGGGCAUUCGGGUUGACGGGGUUGUCGUCUUUGAAUUAUGUAUUGAAUCGGCUGAGGUACGCGACGGGGACGGAGCAGAUGGACUUGGAGGAGGCACGGAAGAGGAUGCAGGAGCGGGUGCAGAUAUGGCGGGGUACGUAG